GUUGUGUACUUUACAGCUUUAUUUCCAUACGUUAUCCUUAUAAUACUUUUUAUUCGCGGGGUAACUCUCGACGGAGCAGGCGAUGGUAUCUAUUUUUACCUAAGACCAGAUUUUUCAAGACUUAAAGAUCCCCAGGUAUGGGUCGACGGUGGUACACAGAUUUUCUACUCGUAUGUUCUAGCUACCGGCGUUGUUACUACUCUUGGAGGUUAUAACAAGUUCAAUAACAAUUUCUACAGGGACAGCUUCAUAAUUGCUAGCGUCAACAGUUGUACCAGUUUCUUCGGCGGAUUUGCUGUAUUCUCCGUACUCGGUUUCAUGGCAAAGGAGCAAAACGUCACCGUCGGUGAGGUGGCUAAAUCUGGCCCAGGACUUGUCUUUAUUGCAUACCCCAAGGCAAUCACUGAAAUGCCACUAUCACCGUUGUGGGCUAUUCUGUUCUUUUUCAUGAUUAUACUUGUUGGAUUUGACAGCCAGUUUGUAGAUUUAGAAGCAUUUGUAGCGCCAGUUAUAGACGCUUUCCCAGGAUAUCUGUACAAGAAAAGAAAUCGGAUGAUUUUUACGGCAGUCUAUUGCAUUGUUACUUACCUACUUGGGCUAUCUAUGUUAACAGAGGGAGGAAUGUACGUGUUUCAAAUGUUCGAUUACUACAGUGCAAGCGGACUGGUGUUGCUUUGGAUAUGUUUCUUCGAAUCCAUUGUUGUGUCUUGGGCGUUUGGUAUGCUAAAAACAUCUUAUCCGUUUGCUUUAAAGGCCCAUAAGCUUUAGAAUCACACAUUUGU